AUGGCUAGAGGCAGCAUCCCCAGCUUUAGUGGCUCUCCUUCCGCAGCUGCGCCAUCACAGCCAACGGCUACUAUCACCACUCAAGACCCACUCCAUCACAACGACCUAGUCUCUCGAGGACUCAUCGCCCUUUCGAAAGCCCCUUCUAACCCCAAGUCGCGCAAACGAGCACGAGUACCCCCAGCUAAGCGCAGAAGCCCUGGUCUUCCACCACCAGCCGUCAACAUGGCGUCUUCGUCUUCUUCUACGCCGCUGCUCUACGCAUGCAUAGCCCACAACACCACCGUCCUCACCGAACACACCGCCUCGGCCUCCUCAAACGCCUCCUCGCUCGUCUCGCUCGUCCUCCCACGCAUCGCCCACGACAAAUCCGCCCAUAAGACUAUCGAUCAAUCCAAGUUCUUCAUCCACUGCCUCGUCAAAUCGCCCUCUGACUUCCCCAACAACCAAUCGACAGCCGGCGGCCUUACCUUCCUCGUCAUUGCUGAGCGCGACCUCGGCCAGCGCAUACCUUUUGGCUUCCUGACAAACCUCGAAAAGAAGUUCUUUGCCGAGUUUGAGCCUGGAAGCACGAAUUUCCACGACUUGCCGCCGUAUGGAUGUGCAAGCUUCAAUGGCGCGUUGAAGAGGAUGAUGGUGGAGCAGGGUGGUACGCAGGCCGGCCAGCAGGAUGCGCUCAGAACUGCUCAGCGCGAGAUCGAGGGCGUUAGAGAAAUCAUGACGGAAAACAUUGAACGUGUGCUGGAGAGGGGCGAGCACAUGAGUGUGCUGGUUGACAAGACGGGCAGAUUGGGCGAGAACGCGCGCGACUUUAGGGUCCGGUCAAGGACGCUCAAGAGGCGCAUGUGGUGGAAGAACGUCAAGUUGAUGGUGCUGCUGACGCUUGUCGUCAUCUUUUUGAUCUAUCUCUUUGUUGGCUUCGGCUGUGGUCUUCCUGGUUGGGGACGUUGCCUCGGUCAUUAG